GGAAACGGCAGCGUCCUUGUCGUAUUUUCUGAAGCACCGAAAAUAACAUCACACUGCUGUUUUCUCGUUGCCGUAUUCAAGGAUGGAUCAAGUGAUAAUUUCGUUUUUAUAGGCAUAGCAUUUUAUUUUUAUAUCAACAGUUAAAAGACCUUACGCGAUGGGAAAUUCUAAAUCGAAGAAAGUCCAGAAAGAACCCGACAAGUUCUUCGAGCGUGAGCGAUGGAAAGAGCAAAAGAGAGAGGAAAAGAAGAAGAAGAACGUUAAUCUCCAUAAAAGGAGUGCAGUGAAGGAUCCACCCAUACCUCCAUCAGCGAUGAUGGCACCACCUACCCUCGGAACGGGGCCGGCUCACGCACCAGCUCAUGUACGCUCUUACGACGAUGACGCCUUGGAUCGCAUGCGAUACCAACUUGCCAACGACAGUGAUGCCUUUUUAUUAAAUAACAUCCUUUUAUCCGUGCAGUUCUUCGAAAACUAUGAAAGAGAGGUGCAUCAAAUUAAAAAUAACCCCAUCAGCGAACGUCAGCACGUAAUGGACGAAGCAAUGGUGCAUCAUCAUAAGCAUGUGUUCUUUGCGGAUAGAAUCCAAGAAUGUGUGCAAGACCACAUAAUUUACCAAAGACGCCCUGAUAAGUCUGAACCACUCAUAGCUCCACGACUAUUCAUAAUUUACGAUAAUGUAGAAGCAAGUGAGCCUGGAGAUACAUCUGACUACUGUGCUGUUCUCGAUGCACCGUUUUACAAACUUCGGAUAGAAGAUAGUAAGGAGUCAGGAUAUGUAAAGCUGAAAAAGCUCGAAAUUUUAGAAAGCACGCUUCCCAAAGAGGUUGAAACCAAAAUGAUCCCACCAUUUGAUUGUGACGAUAGCAUAUAUACCGAUUCAGAAAAAGAGUCACAUGCAUCCGAUGAUCCACCAUAUUCAGAUAGGGAAGAUGUGCUACAAAAAGUAAAAACAAAACUCUCUAAUCUACGUACAAAGAAAUCCCGUAAUUUGGAUUCUGAAAACUUUGAUAGUAAUAUUUUUCAGGAUGUAAGUAAAAAAGGUAACGAUGAUGAUUGUACAAAAACUGAAGUUGCAUCAAUUAUUCAAUGUGAAGAGAAUGAAGUUUCCUUUAAUUUAGAUAACAAGGAAAAUGUCAUUCAUGAUUUAAAACCCAGAAAAUCAAUUUUGAAGAAUACCAGGCGCCAUAGUGAGACCCAAAAUAAGCAUCAAUUAGAUGGUACCCACAAAUACUUACAAACAAGUCACCUAUCCUUAGAUAAUAUUACAGCUGAAGAUACAGAAACAUCAGGAUACCGAUCAAACGCAAGCAGUCGACAAACAGAAUCAAGUGAAACAGAAUCUGACUAUGGUUAUGCAACUAUAACAGAAUCAACGACACCAAAAAAAGUAGAACUUAGUUUACAGACAAAUUAUGCUACUACUUCUGGAGUCUUACCGGAUGAAAGUUGGGUAACAGUUAAUAUUAGAUCAGUUGACUGGAGUGAUGACGACGACGACGAUGUUGUUUCAAAGGAAACGUUAAAUAGGGAUCUUUAUGAAAACCAUCAUUAUCUAAGUUCUAUAAUUUUUAUGAAUGAUUUUGUAGAUAAUUUUAUCCUACAUUUAGGUUCCGGUUUAGGAUUUUCUCAAGACACUGUAAAAAAUUCGUUAACUCAAGGAGCUAGUAUUUAUUGUAAUGCUAUAAAGAACGUUACGCCUUUUAGUUAUGAAGUUUUUCCGGCUCUAAUAGCCGCUUGGCCAAAUUCCGCCAAUCAAUGGAUUAUACGGGAGAGAAAAAUAAUUCAAAAUCCGCGUACGAACUUUAGCUAUCAAUGGCCAACAAGAUAUAUGGUAAGCAAAGCCAUUGGAUUCGGUUGCUUAUUGGUACCAAUAGGAUUUAGGCCAAAACGGGGGAUUAACCCGGAUCAAAAGUUACAAUGGAAAGUUAUGUUUCCAGCAGCAGAACGCUAUUUAGAGAGUUGUUUGGCCCAUUCUCAUAUGCGAUGUUAUUUGUUUGCUUUAACCUUGCAAAAAACUUUUAUGGAGAAUGAAACAUCAAAAAUCGGAAUUGAUGCUAGUCACAUUAAAAAUCAUUUAUUUUGGCAAUGUGAAGAUAACUAUGCCAGAUGGCCAGAAGAUCGUCUUGGAGAGUCUCUACGGUUAUUUUUACGAACGUUUUAUAUUCAUUUUGGAAAGUCACGGUUUCCAAAUUACUUUAUCGAAAGUUGCAAUGAGUUCAAAUGCAUCCCAAAACCUCUUCUAUUAAAACUACAAAGAAAACUAGCAGACAUCUUAGAGGCACCUGUCAUGCAUUUGUUACAUGCUAUCAACAAAUUGAAAUAUGCAAAGAAAGAUUUUUAUCCAAAAUUUAAUUGCUUGAGGCUUUAUGACAUUUUAACUUGCAAAAAUCCGUUGCGAAUUUUAAACCCACAGUUACCAGUUGUUGUUUCCAAUUAUAAUGAAAGUUCAGAUAGCGAAGAUGAGCGACUAAAUAAUAUAUGGGAUAAAGCAAAGGCUCACGACAAAGACUAUCAAUGGAAAAAGGAAAAACUAAAACAAUUGAAAGAAAGACGGGCUAAUACGGCAAAUAAAAAACAAAAAAAAUCUGGAAAAGUAGAAAUAGAGAUUAAUAAAAGUAUUAUUUUACCAAUGAAAAUGGAAGCAGAACGCCGGCGAUUGGUGCUGGAGUUCUUCAUACCACAUUUCAUAGCGAUGGCACGGUCAAGUGAAAAGUUUGAUACUUUAAGACAGGCAGUAAUUUAUCUGGAGCAGGCCAAAAGAUUGUGUUAUCUUUUGCGAGAGGAACCCGCUGGAGAUGGUACAGCUAAUGAGUAUUUAGAUGUCAUUCGGGAUAAAUUAAGCGACUGUCAACGUAAACUUGUGAAUCAGGGAGGUUAUAAAUUACCACCGAGAGAUAAAGUUAACACGGAACGUAACGGGCAGGCUCAUUUUAUUAGAAAACAUCGGCCAAAAUGUGAGCAUAUCAUAAAUCAGGAUUCUGAUAGUAUCACACCGUUUACUUUUGCAGAUAUACAUAUGGAAAAUAAUUUUAUUCAAGAUGUGAAGAAGUACCUUGAUAUGAAUGGUACAGAAGAAUCGAAAUUAUAAAUGUCACCGAAUUUUGUAAAUACAUAUUAAGUAUUUUUUAACAUUAUUGAUCUAAAUUUUAAUGAAUGACUUUAGUGUUGGUACUCUUAUUUAAAACAUUCAAAGUUAUCUGCUUGUUAUAUCUACCUACUGUAUUUUGCUAAAACAAUCAUUUUCGGAGAAAUGUUAUGAUAAUUUGGAAUCUCUUUUUAAUCAUCAAGUAGCGUGUAAUAUUUAUAAGUACUUAAUUUAAAAUACUGUAUCAAUCAAACACCACAAAAUAUU